GUGUGUUUCGCUGCUCAAAAAAAUACACCAUGCCGAGAAUUUACAAAAAAAAAUUGGGGCCGCAGGGAAAAUGUAACUACGAUCAAGAAUAUAUUCGUCGAGCAGUGGCAGCGGUUAGACGAGGUGAUAUGUCCAUGAGACAAGCAUCUGAAAGAUUUGGUGUACCUUUCAGUAGCAUUCAAAGAAGAUAUCAUGGCAAACAUUCUUUAAAAUAUGGUCGACAGCCUGUACUAAGUGGUGAGCAAGAGCUAAGACUAAAGGAGACAAUCAAAAUUUGCGCCGACUGGGGAUUCCCAUUAAAAAGUACAGAUGUUAGAGCAAUUGUGCAACAAUAUCUAAAUAGACUAGGAGUAAGGGAUUCCAGAUUUAAAGAAAAUAUGCCAGGGAUGGACUGGUUCAAAAGUUUUAUGAGCAGAAAUAAAGACCUUACCGUUAAGUUGGCUGAAAAUACAAAACGCGUUAGAGGUGCAUUAACCCGCGAGGUUAUUCAAAAAUAUUUUGAAAACUUGCAGGUCACGUUGAAAGACGUCCCUGCUCAAAAUAUUAUCAAUUACGACGAGACCAAUUUUGUGGAUGAUCCCGGGUCGGCUAAAGUAAUUACAAAAAGAGGUGCAAAGCAUGCCCAUAGGUUAAUAGACUCCUCAAAGACCAGCACAACUGUGAUGUUUGCAAUAGCCGCUGAUGGAACAUUACUGCCUCCAUAUACGGUAUACAAGGCAAAACAUUCCUAUGAUGGUUGGACAGAGGGAGGAAUUGAAGGAGCAAGAUAUAACAGAAGCAUGAGUGGAUGGUUUGACUCUGAUAUAUUUGAGGACUGGUUUAAGACAAUUGUCAUGCCUUAUUUUCGAAAGCUUGCUGAGCGUAAAGUUUUAAUAGGCGAUAACUUAAAUUGCCACAUUACCACUAAUGUCGUACAGCAAUGUGAGAAUAAUGAAAUUGAUUUUGUCUUACUCCCUCCCAAUUCAACUCAUUUGCUUCAACCGCUCGAUGUCGCGUAUUUUAGGCCUUUAAAAGCUGCAUGGAGAUCCACCUUGGAACAAUGGAAACUAAAACACCGUGGAGUCAUUCCUAAAACGGAGUUUCCAAGGCUGCUGAGACAGAGUGUGGAAAAGAUUGGCAUAAAGUCGAAAGAAAAUUCCAUUGCUGGUUUUAAGGCAUGUGGAAUUUUUCCGCUCGAUCCCAAUAAAGUUUUAAAUAAAAUUCCACGAAAUUUACACAUCGAAGAAAAUGGUGAGAAUAAUGAUCAGGCCUGGAGUAACACAAUAAUCAGUCACCUAAAAAAUUUAAAAACUACCCCGAAUCAAUCAACAAAGAGAGGAAAAAAAAUUAUUAUCGAGGCUGGCAAAAGUGUGUCAAGUCAAAGUUUAUUAUCAACGAUAAUAGAUAAAACACCCACAAAAAAAUCAUCUAAAAAAAACAUGAAAAAAAACGAAAGAAGAGCCCUGGAAAUAUCGGAUGAUGAGUUAGAUCGAGAGUUAGAUAAAGAAUUUUCCCUAGGUGAUUUCGAAAAUAUUGUUGAAAACUUUGACGAGUUUGAUCCAAAUCCGUCGACAUCGAAUGAUGAUACUUACAUGAUCGACACAGACUUAUCCAUGGAGCCAAGGAUUGGGGAGUUUAUUAUUGCAAAGUUUCCAACCGAGAAACGAGAUCGAUUGUUUGUUGGCAAAAUCGAGAAUUGUUCAAAGAAAAAAGAAUUUACUAUAAAUGCCAUGAGAAAAAAGGGAAACUCGGAAAAGGGGUGUUUUGUUUAUCCAGAAAUACAGGACCUUUGCCUAAUAAGCCAAGACCAAAUUAUUAGAAAACUGCGUCAAAAGUCUUUCAAGAGGGGUAAAUUUGUUUUUAACUUAGACAACGACGAAUUUAAAAAGUUGGAGUAAUUUCUUUUUUGUUAAUUUUCCUAUGUUUUGUAUGUAGACUUAAGUUUUUUUUUACCAAGAGUGCCAUUUUUGUUUAAAGAAAAGUUCCUAAGUUUGUUGUUUUUAUAAAGCCUUAAUAUUCUGUGAUAGAAUGUGUUAUAGAAUAAGACUUUGUUACUUAAUAUUACUUUUGUUACCUUUAGAAUAAAGAAUUUGUUUUUU